AUGUGUCCGACCCGCGGUUCCCGUCAGGCAGCGCGCGGGGCCGUGGCCGCCCCCGCCUCCCGCCCGCGUUCCCUCGGCGGCGGCAGCGGCGGCGCUGAGGUGGCGCCGCGCCCCGGUGAGGUGAGCGAGGCGCUUCAGCCGGCGCUGUCCCAUCCCCCGCCGGCCCGGGCGGCAGGGAGUGGCGGUCCCGCCGCGGCCCCUACGGACGCGAAGCACGUCUCGAGAUGGCAGAAUUAUUUAUGGAAUGUGAAGAAGAGGAGCUAGAACCCUGGCAAAAGAGAGUGAGAGAAGUGGAAGAGGAUGAUGAGGACGAUGAUGAUGAACCAAUCUUUGUAGGGGAAAUCUCCAGCUCAAAGCCAGCCACUACAUAUAUAUUGAACAGAGUCAACCUCAGCUCACCACGAAGGGGGAUACAGAAUGGUGCACCCAGUAGAGGUCCAGUCACUACAUUCACGUCUGAGAGUCAGCAUUACGUGACGCCUGCCUCCAGCCCUGGUGCCCUGCCUGCCCCAUCAGUCUUUCAGCCUGUGCCCAGACCUGCGACCAGCUCGGUGGCAGUUCAGCCAUUGGCUGUAGCAGUGAAUGUUUCAGGAGCUACACAAACACUGCAGAGACCAGUUGCUGGAUGUUUGUCGACACAGCAAGUGCCUGGGUCAAGUUCUGGAAUAGCACAGCCUGUUAGCAGACCUGUAACAAUUCCAGUGACAACACAGCCAGUGUCAAGAAAUAUUACAGUUCCUGUAGUGGCUCAACCUGUAUCCAGGCCAGAGACUCCUGCAACAGCACAGCCUGUAAUACUCAAUCAGGAUUAUAUUAUGGAUUCUCCACCAGAUGCACCAGAUAAUACAUCUGGUAUACUGUUUGGUGUGAGGCAGAACUCGGGAGUUCCACAGUACCAGACUGGGCCAGCAGUGAAUGUAACAGGAACAAAUGCUGCAUCCAGCACCAUUAAAAAUGGAGGACCUUUUCCACGAGCUUGUCCAAAAUGUAAUAUACAUUUCAAUCUUAUGGAUCCUCUAAAAAAUCAUAUGAAGUAUUGUUGUCCAGAUAUGGUAAAUAACUUUUUCUCGGAAAUGGUCAAAACAGAGUGUUUGAGCACAACAAGCAAGACCAUUGAAUCUGAGAAAGGAAAGCUGAUUAUGUUAGUUAAUGACUUUUAUUAUGGGAAGGAUGAAGGUGACCUCCAGCAGGUACAGCAGGAGCAAAAGACUCAUACGACAUUUAAAUGCAUCAGUUGUCUCAAAGUUCUUAAAAAUAACAUAAGGUUUAUGAACCACAUGAAACAUCACUUGGAGCUUGAGAAGCAAAGCAAUGAAAGCUGGGAAAGCCACACCACCUGCCAGCACUGUUACCGACAGUUCCCCACGCCAUUCCAGCUGCAGUGCCACAUCGAGAGUACACACACGCCUUAUGAGUCGUCCACGAUUUGUAAAAUCUGUGAAUUAUCAUUUGAAACAGAGCAAGUUCUUUUGCAGCAUAUGAAGGACAAUCAUAAGCCAGGUGAAAUGCCGUAUGUUUGCCAGGUGUGCAGCUACAGAUCCUCAGCUUUUUCAGAUGUAGAAACACAUUUUAGAACGGUUCAUGAAAACACAAAACAUUUACUAUGCCCGUUUUGCCUCAAAGUUAUUAAAAUUGGAGCACCGUAUAUGCAUCAUUACAUGAGGCAUCAGAAAAAGGGAAUAUACCGUUGCACUAAAUGCAGACUGCAGUUUUUAACAUGCAAAGAAAAAAUGGAUCACAAGACUCAGCAUCACCGAACAUUUAGGAAACCCAAGCAAUUAGAAGGCUUGCCUCCUGGAACAAAGGUGACUAUUCGAGCAUCUUUGGGAUCUCAUCAGUCAGGAUCAUCAGCUACAUCUUCUGUUAGUACAAGCAGUUCCACAUUUCAGUUAUCACCUAAAGCUAAAAGUACAACCACUAAAAACAAUAACAAAUCUAAUACAAGUAAAUCAAGAGGAAAAUCAAAACAAUCUACAUCAAGGAAACAAAAUACAUGGACGAACAGCAGAAAAAAAAAAGAACCUACAAAUGUAGUGUUUCAUAAUCUAAGGUAUCAUGGGGGAACUCACAAAUGCAUUGAGUGUUUCUCAGAAAUAAAAGAUUUUGCGAAUCACUUUCAUGCUUACGUCCACUGUAGUUUAUGCAGAUACAACACCAGCUGUAGCAAAGCCUAUGUGAAUCACAUGAUGAGUUUUCACAGUGCUCGUCCGAGUAAAAGGUUUUGGAUCUUCAAGAAGCAUUCAGAAGUGCUACGAGGUGUGACUGUAGUGUGUCUUAACUGUGAUUUCCUGGCUGAUGUUUCUGGCUUGGAUAACAUGGCCACACAUUUGAGUGAGAACCAGACUCAUACUUGUCAAGUUAUUGUAGAGAAAGUUUCCACAGAUAAUACAACUGCUGCACAAGUGUCUCACAAUCAAGAGCAUGACUCUUCAGAUGAAACAAAAGAACGCAAUAGAAAUCAAACUAAAAAAGUUGCAUCCGUUGAAAAGAGGGAAGACUCAUCACUGUCAAAUACAGAAAACGUUCGUAGUUUGGAACUCCCUGGCAACAGCUCAAAGAAUUCUUUGCACGAGAAAAGAGCAUACUGUGAUUCAGCUAGUAGGAAACAGUUAGUAGAUGAGAAACAAAAAUGUAUUCAUGAUGAGAGCGAGAUGAAAAUGUGCCAAAGUUCCCCUUACGUUGUCCUGAAUGAGCAGACUGAAGUGCGUACCUGGGAUGAAACUGUGCUUUCAGCCAAGAAUGUGAGGGACUUAAAGCUGACGCUGGGUGAAGAUGUCAGUUUUGAGCAGUUCCUGAGAAAGAGGGAUGAACCUGAAUCUGUUAGUUCAGACAUAAGUGAGCAAGGCAGUAUUCAUCUGGAGCCUUUAACUCCAUCAGAAGUACUAGAGCACGAAGCUACUGAAAUUCUCCAAAAAGGUAACGUCGCACCUUCAUCCAAGAAGGCGGGACAGCUCGCUGAACAAACAGAUGAGACGUCUAGAGAAAGCAAUCCCAGCAGAAUGGAAACAACUGCAAACAAGACAGAUGAGAAUGAAGCAAGCUGAAACUGUGUUAAUUUUACUGUUUAUUUUAAACUACGGUGAGAACACCAUGGACCGUUCCUGAUGAGUGUGCUCAUGGAUGCUAAAGACUAAAAAUUUUAAAAGGGAGGAGAAGAGAGAGAGAGACACCAAAGGGAAGUUUGCAUAUGGAGGUGGCAUGUAUGUGUAUGUAUGACUGAAUUCAUUAAGCUUCAAAAAGGUAACAUGUUAAAAUAUAUCUUCCUGUCUUUUGGAUGUGAUAUAUUAUUAGAUUGAUACUUGAAAAGAGGUAUAAAUUCUAAUUUUUUUAUAGUUAACUAGCCCAGGAUAAGGUGAUUUGUUCACCCAGAAAGUAUUUUUCUAAAUUCUUUAGUGUGAAUAUCAUUGAACUGGGGAUUGAGUAAGAAUUCGCUUCUGAUGCUGAUAUGGAGCACACUUAUAAUGAAGGUUAUUGGUCUGCUGAUAGUUUAGGUAAAUAUAAACCUUGGAACUUGGUGUCACAUUCCUGUCUGUAAAAGCACGUAAACAGAAGUAUAUGAAUUUGUGCACCUCUGUACAGGUGUAAUCCUGCCAGGCUGUAAACUUACCUUAAUAAACUUUCAGUGAAAGUGAAAUUAUUACAAUAAAAAAAUAUAUUUGUGGA